AUGACCCGCUUCUCUCUGAUCGUUAUCCGACAUGGGGAAACCAAGUUAAACAAGGAGAAAAUAAUUCAAGGCCAAGGAAUAGAUGCGCCUCUUUCAGAAACUGGAUUUAAACAAGCUGCAGCUGCUGGCCUGUUCCUCAGUAAAGUGACGUUUACUCAUGUGUUCUCCAGUGACCUUGUGAGGACAAAGCAGACCAUGCAUGGGAUUUUGGAGAAAAGUAAAUUGUGCAAAGAUAUGACAGUAAAGUAUGAUUCAAGACUUCGAGAAAGGAAAUAUGGGGUUGCAGAAGGCAAGCCGCUGGCUGAGCUAAGGGCAUUGGCCAAAGCAGCUGGGGAAGAAAUUCCCAUAUUCACACCACCUGGAGGAGAGACGUUAGAACAGGUAAAAAUGCGUGGAAAAGACUUUUUUGAGUUUCUAUGCCAGCUGAUCCUGAAAGAAGCAGGCCAGAAAGAACAGUUUUCCCAAGGAGCAUCAGGUCACUGUCUAGAACCUUCUCUGGCAGAAAUAUUUCCUUUAGGAAAAAACUGUGGAUCUGAGCUUAAUUCAGAUGGUGGCACCCUAGGUUUAGUAGCCAAUGUCUUAGUUGUGAGCCAUGGUGCUUAUAUGAGAAGCCUGUUUGGUUAUUUUCUCACUGACCUUAAGUGUUCCCUACCAGCGACUCUGAGCAAAUCCGAACUCACGUCAGUCAGCCCCAAUACAGGGAUCAGUCUCUUUAUCAUAAACUUUGAGGAGGGAAAAGAAGUUAAGCCAACAAUUGAAUGUAUUUGCAUGAACUUGCAGGAUCAUCUAAAUGGAAUGGUUGAAACCAGCUAA